AUGGAAGUUGCUGUACAAGAUGUUCAUGAUGAUUAUUAUUUAGAACUGUCUUCUGAUCCAAUUAAAUUUGAAUCAGUUAGUUGUGUGACGAACGUUUUUUUCGAUGAUUCAAAGCAACAGAUAUUUGCAGUUCGAUCGGGAGGUGUAACAGGUGUAUUAGUUAAAGGACCAAGUCAGAAUAUAAGUUUCCGAAUGGAAGAUAAAGGUCCAGUGAUUUCCAUUAAAUUUUCUCCCGAUAUGAAUAUACUGGCAGUACAACAUAACUAUUCUUCAGUUGAAUUUAUAAACUAUUCACCAAUUAUUGGACUAGAUAAUAUAGAAUAUUCGCAAUCAUGCAAAGGAAAAAAUGCUGCUAUAUUGGGAUUUGUUUGGACACAUGGAAAUGAAAUAUUACUUGUUACUGAUUAUGGAGUUGAAUUGUUUCAAGUAAAUCCAGAUAAACGAAAUGUCAGAAUUUUGAAAUGUCUGAGUUUAGGUGUUAAUUGGUUUGUAUUUUGUCCGCAAAGUCAUUUAGUACUACUAUCAUCAGGUACAAUAGGAAAUCAAAUGCAGACAUUGCAUGUAACACCUGGAAAUUUACAUAAGUUAACAAAAUUUGAAGUGGAAGCUGGUAUGACAAAACCAGGAAAAUUGGCUAUUUAUGAGAGAGAUGUAGCAUUGGCAGUUUUAUAUGACAUUCCGUGUAUUAUUUUACUACGUCAUCAACCGGGUACUAAUCGUUCUAAUGGGUCUGCUUCUGUAUAUGUAUAUACUGUGCACAAUAGAAUGACAACUAUCAAAAGGAGUCAUAUCUUGAAGCUUGAUGUCAAUGGUAAAUUUGCGAUUAAUGUUGUAGAUAAUCUUAUUAUAGUUCACCACCAAACUACAAAAACUUCUAUGAUUUUUGAUGUUAUGCUACCUGGUGUGAGCGACGGUACUGUUAUGCAUCAUACUAGUGUAGUACCGGCAAAACCGAUCAAACCGUAUAAUUUAAAAGUUCCAGGAGCAACCUUGUCGAGCGAAACGUAUCAGCCAUGCCAACUAUAUUCGCCAAAUUGGGUUGUUUUUCAGCCAAAUAUAAUAAUUGAUGUUAAACUAGGUUGUCUCUGGUACAUUGAAUUAAAAUUGAAAUCUUUGAUAAAGCUCAUUACGGACAAAGUGCUAUUAGUCAAAUUUUUAAUGCAAAGAACAAAUGCAAAAUAUAUUUUGAUACAAGUGUUACAAAAUUUUAUGAUGCAGUUGCCUAUUAGUUUAAUGGACAUGCCAAUUAUAUUUGACAAACUGAAUUCUGUGUACAGGAAUUACCUUGAAGAUGAAAUACAAAAUCAGAUGGGAACACCAUUGCAAAAUAAUAUGAAAAAUCUAAACAUGACAAUAGAAAAUUACAAGUAUAAGUUAUUACUUGAUCAAAGUGAUAUGUAUAGUUAUAUAUUGUCAAAAUUUCCUGAAAACACCAUUGAACCGAAAAUGAUUGUAUGGGUUCUUCUAGAAUAUAUCAGAUCAUUAGCGGAACACGAUAUCCCUGUGCAGCAUUACUUACACGAAUUAAUUAUUACAACAUUAGUUCAACGUAAAGCCUAUUACCAACUUCAUCAAUUACUACAGUAUCAUGUAGUUGCCGAUUCAAAACCUCUGGCGUGUUUAUUGCUCUCUUUAGAGAAUCUAUAUCCAGCUGCUCAUCAACUUGCCUUGGAUAUGUUGAAACGAUUAGGAAAUGCUCAUGAAGAAAUAAUCGAGGUUCUUCUGUCGAAGGGAUACAUUCUACCAGCGUUACGUUAUGUUCGAUCAGUUGGAAUGGUGGAUCAAGUGUCGGACAGAAAAUUUCUUGAAGCGGCAAAAGCAACCGAGGAUGCAACACUCUUUUAUUCAGUUUUUAAGUUCUUUAAACAGCGUAAUUUGUAUUUAUAUAAUGCUACAGUUUUUACAAAAGGAGAACGUUAUCAGCCUUACAUUCAACAUUACAAGUAUUUAUUCGAAGGAACAGAUAAUGGUUGUAAUUCGGACACAAAUUCCAAUGUCACGACGAUUUCUUCGUGAGCUUCUCUUCCCUUCUCUGUUUGUUGAGCAAUAAUGCAAUUUGAGUCUAUCGUAACAUGAAACAACACUGAAUAUAUUUAAAAUUCACAAUAUCUUACAAUCAGAAUAUUAUUUUAAAAUUUAUUUCACCUUCUAUAUUCCCAUUUGUAAAAUAAGUUCACAUAACUGUGCGCGCUUGCUAGCUCGCUCUUUACACACACACACACACACACACACACGCGCGCGCGCGCUAUUCAAUCCUUUCACCUACGAUAACGUUUGAGACUCGCGGUAAUGAAAUCGGGCCAAAUAUGAAUAUCACGGGUAAGAGUCAUGGUUUGCAAACAGAGCCCAAUGUAAACAACACGGGUCAAACUUGUGGUUAAUUUUCACCAAUAUUUCUGUCUCAAUUACAUAUUAUUCUUCACCGCUUUCUCACGAAAUGGCUCGAUGUGUGACCAAUUUUGCCGUUGACUAUGGCACGCGCCAUCGCAACUUAAAUCGUAGUGCAAAGGGUUAAUUAUAUUUUGAAAUAUAAAUAUCUGUAAUAUUUUGUAGCAUUUUGUGCAAUUAAUACAGUCUGUUUAAAAAUUAUAUGUAUAA